AUGACGACAACCGAUGAGAGUGCGCAACUAGAGCGCGAGUUGGGCCAGCAGCGUGUCGAGAAUGCCUAUUAUCGCGACUGCUACGCACUUUUCAAGCUCUUGCAAGAUCUCAUAGAAAACACAUCUCAUGAUCUGCAACGUCUUUACAACUCCGAGUCACCAAAUGAUCCGCACUUUUCCGGCCACGACAUCCUGUGGUCCCUACAAAAUAAGAUAGCAAGUGUGAUUGAAAAAGCAUGCGAGUCCGAAAAGAGAUGGAAUGCUCUCUGUCGCAUCGACCAAUCUUACUCAGCCCAGGUUACUUUGGACCCAAUCAGGACCAGGUAUGCUGAUGCAGAAUGCAGAGGCAUCUUAUGGGGUAUACCAACCAACAAAGGAUAUCGGCCUCAAGCCUUGGCGAUCCCGGGGAUAAUGGAAAUAUGUCAAGUGGUCGUGAGAUAA